UUUGGUGAGACAUAAUAUCAUUCAUCAGGCAUUUCUUGAAUUUAUAACACAUGCUGAUCCUUCAUUCAUUGCUGAUAUCAUGGAGUCACUGAGAGAGGUUGCUGUAGAGAUGUUACACACUCGAGAAGGAGCAAAGGUCAAUCUUCAAUGUGUCUGGAAAGGAACAGCUAAAGACAGGAAAGUUUUUGUGAAAUCAUUGAAGAGCUACGUUGUUAAGAUUUGCAAAGAAGAGCAUGGCCAUCUUGUUUUGCUUGGAAUAUUUGACUCUGUUGAUGACACUGUUCUUGUAUCCAAGACUAUCUUAACCGAGAUCAUAGCUUCUCUUGAAGAGAUCUGUCAAGAUAAACAUGGCCGCCGUGUUCUCCUUUACCUCCUCAAUCCUCGCUCCCCCAAACAUUUCUCCCACCAGUUCCUCCAACUACUGACACCUGGCGAUAACAAUCAACACAGUAAGAAGCCACAAGACAUCAGGUGGGCAGAGUUAAGAGCUGCUAUAUCUCCACCCCUCAUUAAAUUAAUUUCGGAGAAUGUGGUUGAGUGGGCGUGUGAAAAACCUCUUGCUCCACUUGUAAUAGAAACUGUGAGAUCAGCUGUUGGAGACGUGACGCCUAUAUAUACUACACUGAUCAACAAGGGAUUAACACGGCCACUUGAUACGGAUCAUGGGAUCAAUGAUUCCAAUCAAAUGAUCACUGAUUCGGUGGCUGAUUCAAAUCAGUGUCAUCUCAUUGGUGGUCCGUGUGGUCACUGGGUGUUAAAGAAAUUGAUUGCUAUCAACAGAGAAGACUCUACUCCAUUAUUCAGUGACUUGAUAAUACAAUCAGUACCUUCAGAUUAUAUAAGUUCUUGGGCCACCAUUAAUAGAGGCUGCUUUGUUCUAUCAAGUUUGUUGUCUGAAGCUAGCAAAGAGAAUCAGGAGAAGUUAAAGGAGUUGCUUCAAUCAUCAGUUAUUGAUCAACUAAGAACUAGCAAUACUGAAGGAGCUAGUGUAUUACUGAAAGAACUAUAAUCUUAGCAUAGAUAUAAAAUUAUGAAGAUAGGAUAUAGCCUAUCAAAAUUAUGACAAUGUUAUUCCACACCCAACCAAUGCAAGGUGUGGCUAUUAAA